UCCAGGAACAACUCAGGAUCUUCUAGGUGAUUUGAUUUGUGAUCAGGCAUUUAUGUUUGGGAUCUCUGGCUUAGGAGACAGAAGGGACACAAAGGGAGCAAGGACCAGUGUUUAGGAAGGAACUGCCAUACGGUUUUCUACAGUGGCUGCACUAUUUAUAUUUCCAUCAGCAGUUCACCGGGAUUCCAAUUUUUCCAGGUAGAAGAAUCCGUGAAAGAAGUUUCCACAAUGGUUUGUUCAACUCUUAGGAGAGUUGCCCACAUGCGUGUCUACCUGGUGAGGACGGCCAGUAGUGUCUCUAGAGGCCACUGUCAUUCUGCCUUGGGUUCGAGGCCUGCUGCUUCAGAGUCUGCUGGCCAAGGAGUUCCAGGUAGUGUGAUGGAGCUGCUGGGUCAGUCCUACCCUCAGGAUGACUACAGCAAUCUCUCCCGGAAAGUCCUCUCCAGAGUUGGCAGGAAUCUGCACAACCAGCAGCAUCACCCUCUUUGGCUGAUCAAGGAGAGGGUGAAGGAGCACUUCUAUAAGCAAUAUGUGGGCCGCUUUAGAACUCCACUCUUCUCGGUCUACGAUGACUUUUCUCCAGUAGUCACGACCUGGCAGAACUUUGACAGCCUGCUCAUCCCAGCUGACCACCCCAGUCGGAAGAAGGGAGACAACUAUUACCUGAAUCGGACUCACAUGCUCCGAGGGCACACGUCUGCGCACCAGUGGGACCUGCUGCAUGCUGGGCUGGAUGCCUUCCUGGUGGUGGGCGAUGUUUACCGGCGUGACCAGAUCGACUCCCAGCACUACCCCGUUUUCCACCAGCUGGAGGCCGUCCGGCUCUUCUCCAAGCACCAGUUAUUUGCUGGUGUAAAGGAUGGAGAAAGCCUGCAGCUCUUUGAACAGAGUUCUCGGUCUGCCCAUAAACAAGAGACACAUACCAUGGAGGCCGUGAAGCUCGUAGAAUUUGACCUUAAGCAAACACUUACAAGGCUUAUGACACAUCUUUUUGGCGAUGGUCUGGACAUUAGAUGGGUAGACUGCUACUUUCCUUUUACUCAUCCUUCCUUUGAGAUGGAGAUCAACUUCCAUGGAGAAUGGCUAGAAGUUCUGGGCUGUGGAGUGAUGGAACAACAGCUAGUAAAUUCAGCUGGUGCUCAAGAUAGGAUUGGUUGGGCCUUUGGCCUAGGAUUAGAAAGACUUGCCAUGAUCCUCUACGACAUCCCUGACAUCCGCCUCUUCUGGAGUGAGGAUGAACGCUUCCUGAAGCAGUUCCGGUUGUCUGAUAUCAACCAGAAGGUGAAAUUUCAGCCUCUAAGCAAGUAUCCUGCUGUGAUAAAUGACAUUUCAUUCUGGUUGCCCUCUGAGAAUUACACAGAAAAUGAUUUCUAUGACUUAGUCCGAACAAUUGGAGGAGACCUGGUGGAAAAAGUUGAUCUUAUAGACAAGUUCGAACAUCCAAAGACACGCAAGACCAGCCACUGCUACCGCAUCACCUACCGCCACAUGGAGCGGACCCUGUCCCAGAAGGAGGUGCGGCGCGUCCACCAGGCUGUGCAGGAGGCCGCCGUGCAGCUGCUGGCCGUGGAGGGCCGGUUCUGACCGCCCCUCGGGGCUCUCGGAUUUGCUGAGGAAAAAUCAGGGUGUUAUUUGUGGACUAGGGCAUCGCUCACCUUUUGAUAAAAGGGUCAGUUUUAGGACUUUCAGAGAAUAAAGGAUAGCUCUU